AUGUCUGCUCUCCAACAAUCAUCAUCGAUCGUGUCCUCCUCUGGUGCUGCAACUCCAUCAACAAUGCAGUCCAACAAUGCUCUCGCUUGUAGAAGAAGAAUCAGAAUCAAGGUCAACAUCUUUGGUGAUCGUUGUGGAUGUGAUGGCCUUGAUGGUCUCGAUGGCUGUGAUGACGACUGA